CCUGCCCUGAUUCUUGUGGUGUUUGAGUUACUUUUUUAUUUCAGAUGCUAGUUGAUGAUAUUGGCGAUGUAGCAAUUUCCAACGAUGGUGCUACAAUACUUAAGAUGUUAGAAGUUGAGCAUCCAGUCGUGAUGGUCCUUGUUGAGUUGGCUGAGAUUCAAGACCGAGAAGUCGGAGAUGGGACGACUUCUGUGGUAAUUAUAGCUGCAGAAUUGCUCAGGCUUGCUAUAAGGGAAGCAUGCAAGUAUAUUGAUGACAAACUGGCUGUGAAGGUAAUGCUCCCCAUGCAGCUGUUCUCUGAGAAACUUCAAACUUCUGGAUUAAUGGAUGACUGUCUGAAUUUUGUUACUUUGAUGUUGGGCCAGUACUUCGUGGAAACUGGUGCAGUUGUCGUGAGAUGUGUCCGGAAAGAGGAUUUACGCCAUGUUGCGAAGGCUACGGGUGCAACUGUGGUUUUAACGUUUGCUGAUAUGGAAGGAGAGGAAACAUUUGAUUCGUCAUUUCUUGGAUCCGCAGAUGAAGUGAUGGAGGAGCGCAUUGCUGAUUAUGACGUUAUUAUGGUACAAGGGACCAAAACUACAAGUGCGGUUUCAGUGAUACUCAGAGGUGCAAAUGACUUUAUGCUUGACGAAAUGGAGAGGGCUUUGCAUGAUGCUGUUGCUGGAGGUGGUGCAGUUGAGGCUGCCUUAUCUGUUUAUUUGGAGUAUCUAGCCACUACCUUAGGAUCUCGGGAGCAGCUGGCAAUUGCAGAGUUUGCUGAAUCUUAG